UUCUUUCACUUUUAGUUGUGUUAGAUCAAUGUAUAAUUCGACCACUGAGUAGUUUCCUAUCACGCGUGAUACCCUUGAUUUAUUAUCAUUAUGUACUGAUUUUUUAUCAGUAAUUUUUGUGUUUGAAUUAUUUGCAUUCGUUGCAAAAUCAAAAGCUGCAAAUUAUUUGCGAUUGUCAACAUGGAUCAAUUAAGAGAAUAUGGUAAUGAGCUUCAGAGUAUCUGAACUACAGACUCUUUUGGGAUAUGCUGGAAGAAAUAAAUCAGGUAGAAAAACUGAACUUCAGCAACGUGCACUGGAAUUGUUAAGGUCAAGAUCUCAUCCAAUCUUAACGAAAAUCAGAGAACUUUAUCAAAAUAUACAAAGCGAUCAACAACAAGUUACUCAUCAAAUGUAUGCUCCUAGUGGGGGUCCGAUUGAUCCUCCACAACUAGAUCCAAACAUGCAUUCACGAAACUAUUUUACAAGAUGGUCCAAUUUUGUUGAUCCUAGGCAAAACCAUGCCCAAGCCAUGAGUCAGCAAGCUCAAGCUAAAGACUUACCUCCUGCUCAUCAAGCAUCAAUACCGCAUUCUGCUGUUACUCAAAGAACUACUUCCAUUUAUCAAACUCCAGGAUAUACACAUGUUACACCCCAGCAGAGGGCUGGAAGUACUAUUUAUCAACCUUACCCAUAUGCCGCACAAAAAGGAAUUCCACUGACAGCUCCUAUGCCAGUGGCACCUCCGCAAUAUCCUGUUCAUCCAGAUGUGAAGUUCAAAAGGUUACCAUUUUAUGAUCUUCUCGGAGAACUAAUGAAGCCAUCAAGUUUAACACCUAAUCACAAUACAAGACAACAAGAACAGACAUUUGUGUUUCACCUCACCCCUCAACAAGCCACAGAUAUUGCUUCUUCGCGUGACUGCAGACAAGGUGUAAAAAUGGAUUAUGUUGUUCAAGUGCAAUUGAGAUUUUGUUUACAAGAAACUUCUUGCGAGCAAGAGGACAAUUUUCCACCUAAUUGCACGGUCAAAGUUAACAAUAAGCUCUGCGGUUUACCAAAUCUUGUUCCCACGAAUAAACCUGGUGUUGAACCAAAAAGGCCUCCAAGACCUGUAAAUAUCAGUCAAUUGGUAAAAUUAUCUCCUACAGUAGCUAAUACAGUAACAGUAUCGUGGGCUGCUGAUUAUGGUAGACGAUAUGCAAUUGGUAUUUAUCUUGUGCGAAAAUUAACAUCUUCUGAACUGCUGCAAAGAAUGAAGAGUAAAGGAGUGAAACAUUCGGACUAUACCCGAGGAUUAAUCAAAGAAAAGUUGUGUGAAGAUGCAGAUAGUGAAAUAGCGACAACAUCAUUAAGAGUAUCACUGGCUUGUCCUUUAGGAAAAAUGAGAAUGUCUACUCCAUGUCGUGCUUCAACAUGUUAUCACUUACAAUGCUUUGAUGCAUCAUUAUUUUUACAAAUGAAUGAAAGAAAAGCAACAUGGCACUGUCCUGUUUGUGAUAAACCUGCUUUAUACGAUAAUCUUACGAUUGACGGAUACUUCCAAGAAGUACUUAGUUCAAACAAAUUAUUGCCUGAUGUAAAUGAAAUUCAAUUGCUUCAAGAUGGUUCUUGGGAAAAUCUUGUUCUUAAAAAAGAAAAAGAUUGUAAAGAUAAACAUGAAGCAAACACAAGUCAUUCAAAGAAGGAUAUUGAUGUAACUCUUGAAAUUGAUGAAUCUGCUCCUUCAACUCCAGCUCCAAAUGACAAGAAACGUACUGCAGAAGUAAUUGAUUUGAUAUCAGACAGCAGCGAUGACGAAGAAAGUGUUAUAACAAGUUCCAACAAAAAAAUGGCUCUUUCUUCUCCCUCAAAACCGCAAACUAGUGCAAUAAGUAGUACCAGCGACUAUCCAGAACUAAUGAUCAUCGAUUUAGAGUAAAUAUUUGAUUUCCAUUGGCUAGGUAAUUGAUUAGAUUAAUGAGACUCGAUCUACGUUUCAUCAAGGCAAGAUGAAGAAAGUGUAAAAUAAGUGUACAGUUAGGUUAAAAGUUUAGAAUAAAAGAAGAAAAUUUAUAUAAAUUUUGAUCGCUAUGCGAUUUUUCUUAAAUACUGCAAUUUAAGCGAUUAAAGUUGCCAGAUUCAUACUCAAAGUAUUUGAUUCGGAGACUAAAUAUUUUCUCUCACAACUAUCCUAAUCAAAAUUUUCAAAGAGAAGUCUUGACAUAAAAAUAUGAUACAGUUUCAAUUGAAUAUUAACUUUUGUAACGACGGUUCUGAUUUUAAAAUUUUGAGCUAAGAAUCAGGAGAAUUAAAAAGUGAGGAUAAUUAAGUUUCGUUUACUACUGUUUAAUUAUAUGUAAUUUAUAAUUAAUUAGGAUUAUACAUGUUUGUAUUGAGAUAUAUAUAUAUAACUAUAAUUCUGAAAUUCGUACAAGAAAUCUUGAAAUUUCUAAGUCGGCUCUUCUUUUUUUUCAAGUUUUUGUGCGUUUUUCACUCAGAAAAAUUAAAAAAAAUGCAAAAUUUGA